AUGGAUAUUGGCGCAUACAAGCGGUUAACGCUUGGAGAAAUGGGUCGGGAAUCAUCUGUUACGGUUAAUCAGCGCGCAUUAAUUGGUAAAGAAACAAGAUUUUGGCACGAUAUGCAUCGGAAUGUAUGUUUAUGGGUAUUUUUGCAGGAAAAUGACAUAUUAGAUACACUUUUUCGAGAGCUACUUCAGAAUUCAGAUGAUGCAUGUUCACGGCAUGUAGAAAUACAUUAUCAGACAUUAGAUGAUGCUCUUGAGUAUGAUGACAUGUCGCAGAUAACGAAAAGAUUAUGUCGUCAAUUGGUUUUUAAGAAUGAUGGUGUUAUAUUUAGGGAGGAGGAUUGGCAGAGAAUAUCUCGGAUUGCGGAAGGAAAUCCAGAUGAAGAAAAAAUAGGGGCAUUUGGUGUUGGGUUUUAUUCUGUUUUUUCUAUAUGUGAAGACCCAUUUGUUAUGUCAGGGGAUCAAACGAUGGUAUUUUAUUGGAAAAAUGAUCAAUUAUAUGUAAAGCGUGCUGUUAUAAAUGCAGAGGUUCCUAUGACUACAUUUUUAUUACAAAUGAGAGAGCCGAUGGAAAUGCCUUAUAUAGCUGAUUUGUCUCGAUUUUUGACGACAUGUUUUUCAUUUACACGGAAUUUAUUGAGUAUUUCGCUUUAUUUUGAUGGUUUCAAACUGGUUACGCUUUCAAAAUCAAAAGAAUUGUCUCAAUCGAUACCUAUUCCAAAAGAUUUGAUAUUAAUUUCGCCUCAAAAAAUUAUGCGUAUUGAUUCUGUAGCAAUAGAAUCGUUAAAAAUCCGUGCUACUUAUUUAAAUUUUGUCUGUUCGCAUUCUAAACGUUCUGGUAAAUCAAUAUUAAGGCUUAAAUGGGUCGAUAAAUUUAAUCCUUUUAAUCAUGAUACUCAUGAAGAUAUGGAUCCGAAUCUUGAAGUAACAUCUGAUAUCACUUUAAGGUUGAUUUUAGUAAUGCUUUUUUUUAGGAUUGCGAGCGCAAUGAUUCAAGUAUCAAUUAGCCCUUCAUAUAGAAAAGAACUUGAGAGGAUUACAAAAAAGAAGCCUCCAAAAAGUACUAGGGUUCAAUUGCUUUAUUCGGAUCAUCUAGGAAGUAAUGUUACGUCUCGCUCGAAGAUUUUUUUUUCGGAUCUUUUAACAUGUCAUAAACAAGGCAAUGUAUAUAUUGGGUUUUCUACACAUCAAACAACAGGAUUCGGUGCUCAUCUAGGAGCUUCGGCUUUGAUUCCUACUGUUGAAAGAGAGAAUAUUGAUUUGGUUGAUAAGUUUGUUAAAUAUUGGAAUAAUGAAAUACUUUAUUGUUUUGGGAUAUUGUCCAGAAUCAUUUAUCAUUAUGAAAUUCAACGAAUUGUCGAUCAUUUUCAAGAUGAUAUAAAGACUCCUUUUAUAUAUAUUAUGAAUAUGUUCACCAUGGAAGCUUCGACACCAUUACCGAUCAGUAAUAUUAUUGAAGAGGCUUUUUUCUCAUGUUCAAAGUCCUAUUCUGUUCCUUUGAUAAUUGAUAAAGUUAUUUCAUCUGAUAAGAUAUAUCUACCGGAUUCCAAUAUCGAUUUCUUACCUGAAAUGCCUUUUAUUUCUCAUGAUGUAUUAUUAGAGUCUUCCAAAUUUUUCGAUAAGUUAAAAUAUAUGGAUAUGAUUAAACAGAUAAGUUCUGAUGAUAUUUAUAACGAAUUAUCUAAAACGGCACUCACAAUUAAGAAUACUGUUUCUUUUAUAAAGUGGUUGAAUAAGAAAUCUAAUAUUGAUUAUAUAAUGCGUCUUAAGCUUAUAGGAGCUGUAGUUAUUUUUGAUGAACACCUGGGAACAAUUAGUCUUUCUUAUUUGAGAUGCUAUUUAGAUACUAAAUUGAUACCGUCAGAUAUGCCGUUACCUCCUACAUGUGCUCCGUAUAUUUUAACAAAGAAUCUUUCUCCCAGCGAACUUGAAAUUCUUGAUUGGAAGGAGUUAAGCAUAUUAGAAUGGUUACAAUAUAUAUGUUUAUCUUCAAUUUCUUUGACAAAAAAUGACAUUAAUCAUUCUCCUCAAUUUGCUUUGCGAGUUUUAGAGACGGUCUCAAAAAGUUGGGAAGAAAUAGAUUACGCCGAUCGCAAUGAUAUAAUUAUGCUUUUGAACUCUAAGACUUGUAUGCCAACUAAAAAUCAUGGCAUGCGAAUUCCUUCUGAAACAUAUUUUCAUACGGUAACAUUAUUCUCAGAUCUUUCUGUAAUCGAGCCUAUGACUGGUAUAAAAGAAGCCUUUUUGUCCGAUUUAGGUGUACGCAAAACUGUCGAAUAUCAAGUUAUUUUUGAUAGGUUAAUAGGGGGUGGAGAAUGGUCACAUAUAGAUCUUAUUUGUUAUUUAGCAAGUUCUAAAGAUUGUAGUAUUCCUUCAUCUGAUUUCGAGAAACUUAAAAAAACUUCUAUAUGUAAAAUUGAGGGUGAUUCUAAGCAAACAUACCGUGUCUGCGAGCUUUAUGAGCCAAUUGAUUCUUUGAGGGCAUUAUCUUUGCCCAUUAUUCAAUGGCCUCAAAAUAAAUGGAAUCCGUCAUCUAAUGAAGCACUUUUACUCUUUUCACUUGGGCUUAAGCGAUUUCCUUCUUCAGAAGUAUUGGUUAAUCUUGCUGCUUCAGGUCCAUCUGAACUUCGAGAAAAGGCUUUAAGUUUUUUUAUUGCUAACUACUAUACUUAUGACUAUAAGUCGACUUAUUCCUUCUCCGAAUCUAAAUUAAAAUUCUUACCUGUUCAAGAUAAUAAUAAGCAAAGUAAUUUAGAGAGUCCUACAACAUGUUUUACCAAUAAGUUUUGUUGCGUUUUUGGAUUUAGAAUUUUAAGAUAUGAUUUGAUUCCAGAAGCUAAGAAAUUUGGUGUGCAAAAUGAUCCUAAUAUUGACGAUGUUGUUUCUGUUUUGGUAAAAUCUCCACCUAAUACAAUUGGACUUGCUCGAGCUCAAUUUGAAUACCUCGCUUCUAGGCUUGGAGAAUUUAAAAGACCUGUUUUAGAUAAGUUGAAUAAAGUAAAAUUUAUUCCUACUCAAAAACAUAAUGGAAAUGAAAUAAGGCAUUUGAGUCCCGAUUUAUGUUUUAUUCAGGAAGAGGAUUCUGUUUUUUAUAAUCAAAUAUUUGAUUUUGUUGAUUUUGGUCAUAAGGCAAAUGUUUUUCUAAAGGCAUGUGGCACUUUGUCUCAACCGUCAUUUCCUCAGCUGGCUGAGUUACUUCUUAAAAAUCCUAAGCAUAUAUUUGAUUUGGUUAAGACACCUGAAAAAUAUCAAGAUAUACUGAGAAAACUUGUUAUUAGCAGCUAUUUUCAUAAAAAGACUAAAGAUAUAUUUCGUGAUAUGGAGAAUAAACCUUUUCUUCUUGCAUCUAGGAAACGAAAAAAUAAAAUGAUUGGAAAUAAGAUGUUUUCCGAGAAUCAGGAAACUGUAGAGUACUUACUUUCUGAUGCCUCUUCUAUUUUCAUUGUUGAUGAUGUUGUUUCUUAUAAUUUGUUUUCUGAAUUUAUAUUAGCAGCACCUCAAGAGGACAUUUUGGAAGAAUUUUACCAAUCUUUAGGGUCUAAACGUCUUUCUUCUGUUGUUCGAGAAGAAUAUAAAUUUAAAGGUCCAAAAAAAGAGAAUUCUGACUCAUAUGCUCUUAGAAAAUUAUUUAUCGAUCGCUGUGGUUUAUUUUUGCAUGAAACAUCAACUGUACUUCUUCGUAACAUAGAUUGGCUUGCUUCAAAAUUGAAUGUAGCUUAUCUUGAGGACAUAAAAUUACAAAGAAUAUUGAAGUUUAAAAAUAUAGAUCAUUCUUAUGAGCAUUCAGUAACUUGUGCAUUGGAUCCUGAAUUUGAAUGUUCUAUUUAUCUUACGAAAAAUUGGGAUUCGUAUGAUGUUGCUCAAGUGUUAUGUAAAAUAUUGCUUGAGAAGCCUGCAAUUCAUGAUCCUUUACUUCUUUCAUCACUUAUAGCUACUGAUCUGAACGUACUGCAGCAAAGAGGAUAUAAUGUACAAAGGAUUUUGUAUUCUCAGGAUUUAAAGAAAAAAAAAGAAGAAGAAAUUCAGAAAAUAAAUUUAAAACAACAUGAAAUCGAGAAAGAAAUGGAGAAAUAUUCCGCUGAUUCUGAAUUACAAAAUAUUUCAUCUAUAAAAUAUCCUGGGUCUUAUCCUUUUGAAGAUUUUAAGGAUAAUAGUAGUAAUUAUGAUUUAAGUCUUGAUAAAAAUGAGACGUCUUCUUUAAUGAAGAAAAAACCAGAAUUUUUGGAGAAAAAUAAUUCUAAAGAUUUUAAAAUGCUUUCAAAGUUUCAAAAACUGUAUGGCUAUCAGAAUAAUCACGAAAAGCAACAUAAGGAUUUUUUAUAUGAAAAUGUUUCUUUGUUAAAGAAUUUUUUUAUGAAAAAAGUUAAACUAAGGAAUAAUAUGCAUAUAAAACGUCCUGUGGAUUAUGAGCAAAGUGUUGUUUCAAAUCUUCAUCAGGCAAUUAAAGCAUGUAGAAACAACAAUGAGUUAUCGGUGUGUUCGCCUAUAGAAAUUGUUGAUGUUAAGGAGGCUAAAGAUGGUUAUUGUAAUAUUUCUCAUUCUCAUGAUUUGAAAUUUGUAAAUCGAACUACUGAUAACAUAAAUGUUUAUGUUUCAAAGGAUAUCCAUUCUGGUGAAUCAUUUAUAAUGAAUAAUAAAAGUAAUAUAGAUUUAUUCAGUUCUCUGAUAUUGAAGAAAAUAUCGACUGUUUUUGGUUUUAAUACUUCUGUUCUUAAUAUUUUUUAUGACGAUGAUGGACCAGCCAUUGCUUUUAAUAAAAAUGGUUCUAUUUUUUGUAAUUUAAGACAUUAUAUAUUAUUACAUUCCAAAAAGCUUAUUUCUGGGAAUUCGAAAGAUGUUCUUGCAUUUUGGUUUGUCACUAUUGCGCAUGAGCUAUCACAUAAUAUUGUUUCUGAGCAUGGGCAUGUUCACAGUUUUUAUACGUAUGUUUACAAGUAA